CUCUAUCGUGGAGAGUUCAGUCCAAACCUCAAUGUGGUCUGAACAAACUGACCAGGGCCAUACAAGAGUGCCAUCGUCAGGACUGGUCUAGUGUCACUGUUUACGUGACCGUCUUAUUCAAAAUGAAGGAGCGAAGAGUCAGCCAGCCUUUGGUAAUGCGUUGUAAACUGGUUUUAGUAGGAGACGUGCAGUGCGGGAAAACUGCAAUGUUGCAAGUCUUGGCCAAAGACUGUUAUCCUGAGACAUACGUCCCAACAGUGUUUGAGAACUACACCGCUGGACUGGAAUUAGACGAACAGCGCGUGGAGCUCAGUUUAUGGGACACGUCAGGUUCACCGUAUUAUGAUAAUGUCAGACCUCUGUGCUACAGCGACGCAGAUGCGGUUCUCCUCUGCUUUGAUACAAGUCGGCCUGACACUGUUGAAAACGCAUUGAAAAAGUGGAAGGCAGAAAUCAUGGAUUUUUGUCCCAGUACGCGCAUAAUUCUGGUUGGCUGUAAGACAGACCUUCGCACAGAUGUUUGCACUCUAAUGGAGCUGUCCAAUCAGAGACUAACACCCAUCUCCCAUGAGCAGGGCACCUUGUUGGCAAAGCAGGUUGGAGCAGAAGUGUACCUGGAAUGCUCUGCAUUCACAUCUGAGAAGAGCAUCCACAGCGUGUUUCGUUCUGCUGCAAUCACAUGCCUCAACAAACUGCAGGCACCCAUAAAGCAAAGCCCAACACGUCGACUCUCCAAACGCCUCCUUCAUUUGCCCAGCAAGGCAGAGCUCCUGACCUCCUCCUUCAGCAAGAAGAGAACCAAGAGCUGCUCCAUCAUGUGAGCUAACACUUGCUGCUCUAGCUCCAAAAAUAAGUUUCGCUCUUCGAGAGUGUUUGUCGGGGGGUUGAGAGGAGGGGAGGUCAUAAUCUUUCAUGACCCCUCCUUCUCUUGACAAUCAUGUUCUUAUUCUUCCAUCCUGACAGACCACCCACAAGCACGCUCAUCCCUAUGUCAAAGAGCAGAUGCCUUUGUUGAAAGUUACACAUCCUUAUGCUAAAGUAUUGAUUGAUUUCCCUUUACCAGCAUUUGGGUUUAUACAUUAACUGCAUUUUGUAUUAAUGAUUAAUCAGACAAGGAGGGGUUAUUGGAAAUUCGGUACAUAUUGGACAUUGCAAAAUUAAUUUCGGGUUUGUCUUAAUUGUUAGUGUGCAUACAUGUACCGGGAAUGGGAAUGGGCUUUGAGAUGUGAACACAAUCAAAUAUUUAGGAGGAAGCAGAUGUGUUUCUAUUUCACAGUAUGCACUUUAGUGGAUGUGGAUGUGAGAGUAACUGGUUGCACAUGUCAGGCAAGGACACUGAAAAGUAAAAGGAUGAUUGAGUACAGGUUGGCAUUUGUCUCUGUUUCAAUACAGGAUUAUGCUUAGGUUGUAUUUGUUAAAAGCUCUUGAGUCUAUUAUCUAAAAGACAUGAGGGGAGAAGCAAAACAAGAUUUUAUUUCCUUCUGAAAAAGGACAGUGUUAUGAAUAUGCAGCUAGAUGGAGCAUCCAAUCACAUUUGUUGAAUCCAAAUGUAUUAAAGAUGCUGACACACACUCUUUCACUCUCUAUUUCAUGUCUACUGAAGUCCUUCAUGCAUUUUCUGCCACUAGAGAAUGGGUCAUAAAUCUCAGCCUGUGAGGUGAAGCCAAGCAUUGCCCUUUAGAGACAGGAUUUCCUAGGCAAUUUCUCAGUAUAGAGCAGAGCUCAUGCAGGAUUUAUUGCCACACAGACACCUUCCAGCUGUUUUUUUUUUUAUUUAUUUUUUUAAGAAAAUAAUAUUCUCUGAAGUAAUUUUGAAGAUGGACUAAAAAGGUCAGAGACAGGGAUGAUGGGGGAUUACUAGGGGACAGAUAGAUAUUGCAGACAGUCACCAAAUCUGAUAAAUGUUACAUAAGUGAGAGGACAAUUGGAAUGUGCCUGUUGAUGUUUUUCAUUUUUUAAACUUUCUCCCUCAAGUAAUCUUAACAUCUGUUCCAACCCCUAAUUCUCAUUAACAGACUUGUACAUAUUUCCUGCCAUGUUGUGCUGCCACUAUGUUGGUUACUAUGAGGGUUAGACAUUAAAGUGCAUUCUAAUUUUUCAUAUUCUGGUGCAUUUAUUCAGCUCACUGUCAGAGAGAUCUAUACUCUCAUCCUAAGCCUCAUUCUGGUAAUCUCUGUGUUGAAUCCUGCCACCCUGGUUGUGUAAUGCUUAAUCAUAAAACAACUAAAUCCAGGGUUUGGUGUGUUUGCUGUCCUUUUCUGCAUAUCGCAGUGCUGUUUUGUGGUCCUUUCUGCACAACGCGGCGGCUCAUUGCUGCUCAUCAUGCCCCAUUUUGCGGCCGAACCACCGGCCAGCUCUGUUCUCCCGAUGGCCAUUACGCCCCUGAUCGGCUCAAAUGUGCAUCGGCCCACCGGGAAAAUGCCCGGUAUACCAGAUUAACAGUCCAGCCCUGGUGGCACAGAGUGGCAGUCACCACCCUAAAAUUGAGCUUUGCCACUUGCUACCCCAACUCAGUCCCACCUGCGCCAUAGAGACCAUGAGCAACAGCUGAACCUGUCUGUGUCGCGCAUGGUCCACAAUAUCGUUCCGCCCGUGUCUGGCAGGACACAGCGUUUCACCUCAGUAGACAUACCCCACUUCACCAUGGGGAUUACAUUUAAAUGUGCAUCUCCAGUAGUUUGGUUUAAAAAAACUAGUUAAAUUAAACAAGAAUGUCUAGGUAAGCGAACUGUAGAUGUACUGUCAGCACUCUGAGAGACAUGUCAUAAUAUUUAUGUUUAUUAUGGGCCGAAAUCCUGGGCCAUCAGCCACGAUUCAUGCUUUCAAAUCCAGGGUGCGAGUACGUUGGCAUAUCUCGGUGACAGCACGAUUACCUGUUUACUAACUACAUCUAGGUUCAGAAUUCUUCAUUGCAGACAAUAUUAAUCUUAAAAUUUUUAUCUCUGAUUUAAUAUUAAGUGGUGCAAUACAGCUCGAAUUAAAAUAAAAUUUAGUUAUUUAAUUUAAUCCCACCCUGGCAGUUUGUUCAUACAGACCUGCAUCUCAUCAUGCUACAUGCACUAAUCCCCAAUUCUACACCAUUGCCUAGCAACAGACAAGUCUGUUUAGCUGGACUGUACAUCUGAAAAUCAGAGAAAUUGAGAGAGAAAAAAAGAGAACAAGAGUGUAAACAAAGUGAAAAUAAGGACACAUUCUCUCUAUGUAGCAUAACAAAUGUUUGCGAGAUAGGGUCAUCAUGGCUAUAGUUAGUUUAUAGUUCAAUACAUGACUUAUCUUACAGGCCAUAAUCUUAAUAUGAAUUUGUUACUAUUAUCUUGUUAAGUAGCACUCUUAUAUGUUAUCUGGUUUAUGUGGUGGACUUCCACAAUCUUCCUUUUGUUACAUAAGUCUGGACGUAAAUAUGUUGUGCAUAGUCAUUUUGUACAGCCCUUUAAAUACUGUCUGUGAAAACAAUUUAAAAACAGACAAUUGUGUUUGCAAUGUAAUGUAUAACUUAUUAAUGAAAGUUAAUUUUUGUUGGUUCUGCUUUAUUCCUUUAUUUUAGACCAUCUGUUUUACAUUGAAUAGUGUUCUUUUUUUUCUCUUGUCUGUGAUCUGUGUCACUCUUAAAUGAAUUAAAACCCUGAUGUUG